AAAUAAUAGACAUUUUUACGCGGUAAAUGUAUAUAUACAUUUCCUGGGAGUAAAAAUAAAAACCUAUACUUGACGUAAGGCAGCUUUACUACAAUUCCCAGCAUGCCAUGAAUAAGCCGGAAGCCCAUUGGCUACAAACGAGUGAUUUACAGCAAGAAGCGCAGCCCCGCUACGUGACAUCUCUUUUCUCAUUGGUUUCCGCAGCUGUCAAUCAAACAGCCCGACCAAUCAGCGCCUUGUUCUCUGACGUUAUGUGCUUUAGCCCCUCCUAUAUUCCGGGUAGUUGGGUACAUGUGUAUCGCAGCACCGGUGUCCUCUGCGCGUAACCAUGCUGUCCCUGCGGCGGCUCCUGUGCUCCCUGAACCUCCCCACGGUUCGCUCGGUCAGCACCGGCUGGUCUCCGGUCGGUGCCGCUUUCAAUGUGAAGCAGCAGCGGAGGUUGGAUGUGUUCGGCAGGAGCUCGGGCCUGUUCGGAGUUCCUGAGCUAAGUUCUCCAGAAGGAUUUCAGAUUGUUCAGGAUAAUGCCCUGAGAAAAACAGAGUCCCUAGUGGAGAGAGUGUGUACUACACCUCCGAGUGCAGAGACAGUGAAGAUAUUUGAUCAGCUGAGCGAUGAGCUGUGUAAAGUUGCAGACUUGGCUGAUUUUGUGAAGGUUGCCCAUCCCGACCCUUCAUUUAGAGAAGCUGCUGAGGAAGCUUGCAGGAACAUAGGUACCAUGGUGGAGAGGUUAAACACAAAUGUUGAGUUGUGUGAUAGUUUGAGAAAACUUCUAGAAAACAAAUCUGUUAUGGAUUCUCUGGACCCAGAAACCAGGCGUGUGGCUGAAUUGUUUUUGAUCGAUUUUGAAAUCAGUGGAAUCCACAUGAAUGAGGAAAAGCGCCAGAAAGCAGUCAACCUGAACGUUGUGAUUUCAGACCUUAGUAGUGAUUUCCUGCUGGGAUCCAACCUGCCUAAUAGAAUUGACAUGAGUGUUAUACCAGAACAUAUCCGCUCUCAUUUUUCCUGGGAUGGAAAGUACAUACAGAUAAGUGGACUGCAUGCAGACUGCCCAGAUGAUCUGGUUCGGGAAGCCGCUUAUAAGAUCUUUCUUUACCCUAAUAGUAGUCAGAUGAAGCGCUUGGAUGAAUUGCUCAGUAGUAGAAAUGCAUUAGCUCAGCUGGUUGGUUAUCCAACGUUUGCGCACAGAGCACUGCUUGGGACCAUGUCAAAAACUCCAGAGAAUGUAAUGAUGUUUCUUGAAAAGUUAUCCAGCAAACUACGAGAACGAACAUUAAAGGAUUUUGAAAUGAUGCUGGGAAUGAAAAUGAAGCUUAACCCCAUGAAUCCAGAGCUGAUGCCAUGGGAUCCUCCUUUUUAUGCUGGUGUUUCACGUGCAGAAAAGUAUAACAUAGAGCCCAGUUUGUACUCUCCAUUUUUCUCCCUUGGCGCCUGCAUGGAAGGAUUGAAUUCACUUUUCAACCAACUUCUUGGCAUUUCUCUUUAUUCCGAGCAACCAGAGAAGGGAGAGGUGUGGUCAGAGGACGUCAGGAAGUUGGCUGUUGUACAUGAAAGUGAAGGCAUUUUGGGUUAUAUUUACUGUGACUUUUUUCAUCGGGCAGAAAAACCUCCACAGGACUGUCACUUCACAAUUCGUGGCGGGAGGCUUAAAGAAAACGGAGAAUAUCAGUUGCCUGUAGUAGUUCUAAUGUUGAACUUCCCACAGUCCACAAAGGGCUCCCCAACGCUGCUAACCCCUGGUAUGAUGGAGAAUCUGUUCCAUGAAAUGGGGCAUGCUAUGCACUCUAUGCUGGGGAGGACACGCUACCAACAUGUGACUGGCACCAGAUGUGCUACAGACUUUGCCGAGGUCCCGUCUAUCCUUAUGGAGUACUUUGCUAGUGAUUUCCGGGUUGUAAACCAGUUUGCCAGGCACUACCAGACUGGACAGGCUUUGUCUAAACCUAUGGUAUCUCGUCUCUGCGAAUCCAAAAAAGUUGCUGCAGCUUCUGAUAUGCAGCUCCAGGUCUUUUACUCAAUGUUGGAUCAAAUUUACCAUGGAAAACACCCCCUAAAAGGGUCAACAACAGACAUUUUAAGGGAAACCCAGGAAUCAUUCUAUGGAUUGCCAUAUAUACCUAAUACAGCCUGGCAGCUGAGAUUCAGCCAUCUAGCGGGUUAUGGUGCUAAAUAUUACUCCUACUUGAUGUCCCGGGCAGUGGCCUCCAUGGUGUGGAAACAGUGCUUCAUGCAAAAUCCAUUUGACCGGGAGAUGGGAGAGCGUUAUCGCAAGGAGAUGCUGGCACAUGGUGGAGGAAAGGAACCUUCGCUCAUGGUUGAAGGCAUGCUUCAGAAGUGUCCGUCAGUGGAUGACUACGUGGAUGCACUUGUUUCAGAUCUGGAUCCAGACUUUGAGACGUUUAUUAUGGACUCGGAGUAGAAGAUGGCAAAGAAUACAGAACAUUGGAUGUGUAAUUGUGAUACCCAUUCUUUGUAAUUGCAGUCACUUUAUGAUAAAGCCGUAGGAUAUGUGGCUGGUUUGGUAGAACACGAUAAUGGCCUUGUGCAGACUAGGAGGUAUGUUCACAAAUACAGCAUCAAAUCAAUGGGCUGACCAUCUAAUGUAGUGUUUCCCAACCAUGCCCAACCCGUACAUGCUGGGAGUUGUAGUUUUGCAACAGCUGGAAGAACACUGGUUAGAAAACACCAAUCUAAUGCAGCAGAGGAGAAACUCUUUGCAGCUGAUGUGGCUAAUUAAUGGGGUCCUGAACCCCCUUCCCCCCUCAUUCUUUUACGCAGAAAAUAGUUUUUGUUUCUUAAACCCAACACCAACAAUAAACUAGUUAAAUUUAAAAAACCCAGAAACAUUUCCAGAUAUAUAUAGAUAUAUAUAUAUAUAUAUAUAUAUAUAUAUAUAUAUAUAUCUAUAUCUAUAUAUAUAUUUUUUUUUUAAAGAAUUCCCUUGACAGACACUCACACAUAAUAUGGGCAUUACAUUACACUUGGUGUUUGUCAAAUGCCCAUGAAAAAGCCAUACUUGCUUCUUGGCUUUUUUUGGGGCCAAAAUCACUACAGCCAGAUUUGUGAAAAGCCAGACCCACAUGUUUUUUUUUUUCUUCCCCUUUUACCCCAUGUGAUGUUUAUAUGUCUGGGGCUGUUUUCCAAAAUUGCAGUGUGCUUGAGGUUAUGGCGUUUCUUCAUGAAAAUUUGCAUUUUUUUCCUCCUAUAGAUUACUCUUGAAGGAAAAAAAAUGCAAUGUGUUUUUAUUAUUGGCUUUUUCUGGCCUUUUUGAAAUCACAUCAUGAAAGAAUCACAUCGCUUGCAAUAAAAAAAAAACACACACUAUUUUUUUCUCUGGCCAAAAAAAACAUUUUUUUUUAUCUGUGCCUAGCAUAGCCUGUUCCUGUCCAAAAACUAAGGCUAGGUUCACACGGCCGUUGUCUUCCGUCCCGCUAUUCUCCCGUAUCGCUACCCAAAUGGACCAUACUAACAAACUGAUGCAAAGUGAUGCCAUUUAGUGAAAAAGUCAGCCCCCUACAGACUCCCACAGCCGGGGGUACUACUACUCCCAUCAUGUAACAGACUCAUUUCCAUCAUAAUAGUAGUAGUACCCCCAGCUGCGGGAGUCUGCGGACAGCUGGGGAGACUACAGUAGUGCUUGUACUACUACACCCAUCAUGGAAGAGUCUGUUCCAUGUUGGGUGUAGUAGUACAGGGACUGAGUGAUUGAUCAGACUGUGUAUCACUUCUGAGACCUGAUCCAAUUAUAAGCUAUUAACCAGGGGAUCGGGGGGGCAUGCCCCUCUCCCCUGCGAUGUAUAUACUGUCCCGUACUUUCAUUUUGUAAUCCCCCACCGGGAGCCUUGAAUGGCCGCCACUGUGUGGCCAUUCAUGGCUCGUGGUGGGGUUUUUAAAUUCUCCGUAAAUGGCCCAAUAAAAGCCAUAAAGUUAUGAGUUGAACACAAACAAGCCGUUUUAGUAUUGAGUUUGAUUUAAAAAAUAAUUCAAUAAUGGUUUUAUGGGCCAUUAUUAAACCAUUUAAAACAGUCCAAGAACGGGCAAAAAAUGCUGUGUGGGAACAAGGCUGUAUUCUGGAUUUGCUUCUCCUUUUGGCCUCCCAUUUAAAACAGUCACACAUGAUAAAUUCAUGACAACUGCAGAAAAACAGCUUGAUUUUGACCUAACUACACAACCAUGAGAAAAUCGUCUACUUGAAAAGUCACAAAAAAAGUAAGCAAAAAUAUAGUCCUCAUAUGAUAAAUUCCAACCUGAAUUUCUACCUAAUAUUGCCACCUAGAAAAAUUCAAGUAGAAAAUACAAAGCUAUGAGAAGAUGACAGGUUGAAUGGUCCUUGAAUAUUUUAUUAAAAAGUGAAAAAUAUAAAGAUGGAAAUCCUGUUUGGGACCAGUGUCAUCCCGAGGAAAUGCAGGGGUUUCUGGUUAUUUUGUGGGGUUGUAUUGAUAUCGAAUUGUAAAUAUUUUUCAAAAUGAAAAAUGUAUCAGCAAAUGUUUAUCUGUAAAGAAAAAGGUUUAGAAUGUAACAGUGUCAUGUGUCUUUUUAUUAAAUAAAGCUUCCAA